AUGUGUGGGUAUAUUGGUUCGCAGGGGCAGAGAGCCGCUGGCAGACCAUGUUCAGAAUGCGAUAGCUUUUCAUUACCGGAGUUGUUACCAUCAUUUUUCAUUAUACUAUUUUCCAACGGCCGCCUUUUACUUUUGAUUAUGUCGGGGACACCGCGAAAAGUUCCUCGAAUUAUGGCUAAAUCCGCAAGGGCUGUAAAAACAUCUACUGUUAUUAGUAGCUCCAAGUCUGAUGGUAUAGAAGCUAGCGGAAAUAUUCCUAUACCAACGAAUGAACUUGAUGACGAUCAUGAACAACUUCUUGUACGAGAUGGAGUUGUUGUUGGACUGCAGCAGCCCAAUGGCCACUUUGUAGACGAGACAGGAGUGCAGGUGCCAACAUCUGUGGUGCAUACUGGCACUCCUCGCACAAGGAGAAUUGUAAUUGAGAGUUCCAUAGAGAAUAGCGGAGAGUUGGAACCCUACAUACCCACGGCUUUACCCGGGGUAGCCGAUGAAGUUGAAUCUUAUCCCUGCCCGCUUUGUCCAGAUAGAGUGUUUUUGACAUCAUUCGGUCUCGAAAAGCAUGCAAUGGAGAAACACCAGAAUCACUUGCAACAGAUACUUGAGCACAUCGAAGCGAUCAGUGCUGAAUGGCGACGACGAGAAGAAGAACUCGCGCGGCGAAGGGAACGCGUUUAUGCUGCUCGACUUCGGCAGGAAACUAUCACAAGACAUGCUAUUGAGCAGGUUUCAAAUGGAACUCUUGGCACAUUUCCCGCAUGCGCGGCGUCUGCCGAGUCCAUCGCUGCUGUUGGAGACGCUGCAGAAGGAGAGCGACGAUUCAAAGCAUGCGGCUUGUGUGGAAUUCUCGUAGAUGCUGAUAGUCCUGCUGCUAUGGAGAGUCAUCUUCGAGCUCAUAAGAAAAAUGACGACCUCAAGCUCAAGCUUCUAGCACGCUAUGGUCCAGAGGAGGUUGAUAGGCUUAUGUGUAGUGAGUGCAAUAUGGUUUUUGGAGACGAAUGUAGCUUGAUUGUUCAUAAUCAGCAAAUGCAUACAAGAAGACGGAAAUAUGUGUGCAAAUGGUGUGGGCAUGUAGCAUAUACUAUGACUGAGCUGAAUAUACAUAAAGCUGAUGUACAUGCAAUGCCGCCAUAUACUGCGAGGUCCGAUAGAGAUAGGUUCCUGAAGAAGCGCCAAAACCUUUUGAGUCGGGGCCUGAUAGCGUUAGGCGCAAAUCCCAGGAGCAAUGAGAUAGAUGAUAGACAUGGUUCGUCCACUUCAUACGCUGAUGAUUUCUCUUUCAGGACGACCUGUGAACAGUGCGGAUUGAAACUAGUGCGUCCCUCGUUGCUGAUUCGUCAUAUGAUUCGUGUUCAUUCUAGAAGAGCAUUUUCCUGCAAAAUUGAAGCACCUGGUUAUAGUAACUAUCGCAUCGACGUUGAUUCCGACAGAAUCUUUUGGACAUGCUGCAAUACUCCGUUCACCAAUAGGCGAGACUUUUAUACUCAUCGAGUCAGUGAUCACAUCGCAAAGCUGGCAGAAGGUGAUGGUGAUUCUACAGUGGAGUAUCAAACAUACGAAGAAAGUCCUCAUCCACAUGGUGCUUUGACCCCGGGCGCAGGUGUUUGUGUAGAGAGUGCAGAUGGUACUUCGUACAUGGGUAGGAUAGAAACGGGUCCUGAUGGUACGAUGCAAGUGGUUGUGCCUCAAGAUGUUAUGAACGGCAGUAGUGAUUUCUACGUUGUGAUAGACGACGAUGUCAGUUUGGAUAGAGAAGCUCAGCACUUCAAGCCUGUCGAAAAUCAAAGUAUCAGCGAUUCGAAUCAAGCUCAAGAUUUGUCAAUGCAGCAAGACGAUGCAAGUUCGGCAUCUUCUCAUCUUCUCGAAGAAAUUUUGGAAGAGGGACCAGUAGAUGAGAGCGAAGCGCAAGUGAUAGCAAUCACGGAGGAGCAGUAUGAGCAGCUGCGGCUUCAGUAUGGUGACAAUCUCGAGAACAUGAGCGUCAUCUAUGUGGAUGAUUCUGACGUUGGAAAAAACGAAAUGGUUGUUGACGUCAAUGAUUCGGCCAUACACUCUACCUCGGUUUUGCAAAGCUGACACGUCUUACUCUUUGUCUAGUUCAUCUCCUUCGGCAUUCUAUGUAACAAGACUGAGUAUUUUCAACAAUUUCUUAGAAUUGAUGCAUUGUCUGGUGUGC